AUGGAAGAUUCAAAUGGUUCAAACCAUCAUUCACUUCAGAAACUUCAUUGCUCUGUGAAGAAUUACGAUUGGGGGUUACCAGGUCAACUAUCUCAUGUUGCAAAACUCUCUGAGCUGAAUUCUGGGGUUCAAUUCGAUCCAUUGAAACCUUAUGCUGAGCUUUGGAUUGGUACUCACGGUUCAGGUCCUUCUUUUCUUGUUUCUGAUGAUGGUGAAGAAAGAGUUACGCUUAAAGAUUGGAUUUUUAAGAACCCUGAUUUGCUUGGUGAUAAAGUUGUUCAGAAAUGGGGUUCUGAUUUACCUUUCUUGUUUAAGGUGUUGUCUGUGGGAAAGGCUUUGUCUAUACAAGCUCACCCUGAUAAGGAAUUGGCUAGGAGGCUGCAUAAAUUACACCCUGAUGUGUAUAAAGAUGGGAAUCAUAAACCUGAGAUGGCUCUUGCAAUGACAGAUUUUGAGGCUCUCUGUGGAUUUAUCACUCUUGAGGAGCUUAAAGCUGUGAUUCAUAAUGUUCCCGAAGUUGUCGACCUCGUCGGUGAUGCAAACGCAGACCUAGUUUUACAAUCUAGUGAUCAGACUGAUCAAGAGAAGGUUAAACCUGUUCUACAGGCAGUGUUCACUCAUCUUAUGUCAGCUAGUAAAGAAAACGUAACCAAUGCAGUGAACAGAUUGAUAAAUCGACUGCAAGUGGAAAGCGAGGUGAGGCCAUUGACAGAAAAGGAGCUUCUGGUGAUGCGGUUGGAGAAUCAAUACCCGUCUGAUAUUGGUGUGAUAGCGGCUUUCUUUCUAAACCAUGUAAUACUGAAUCCUGGCGAAGCAUUGUUCCUCGGAGCAAACGAACCGCAUGCGUAUUUAUCAGGGGAGUGUGUUGAAUGCAUGGCAACUUCUGACAACGUUGUCCGAGCCGGUCUUACUCCCAAAUACAUAGAUGUCCCAACUCUUUGUUCCAUGCUCACAUACAAGCAGGGUAUUCCUGAGAUUUUACAAGGUGUUUCUAUGAAUCCGUAUGUAAACAAAUAUAUCCCACCGUUCGAGGAAUUUGAGAUCGAUCACUGUACUCUCCCAAAAGGAGAAAGAGUGGUGUUCCCGGCCGUUCCAGGUCCUUCGAUCUUUUUGGUCACGGCCGGGGAAGGAACGAUGAACACAGUAUCACCUAAAGUUUAUGAAAUCACCGAAGGCGAUGUUCUUUUUGCUCCUGCUAACACCGAGAUUAGCGUCGCGAGUGAAUCAGAGUUGCAUCUGUACAGAACAGGGAUUAAUAGCAAGUUUUUUGAAGAAUCUUAA